GACUUUUUCCCAAAAAUGGCUGCUGCUGCUGCGGGGAAGGUAGGGAGGCAAGUUGCCGGCUGCAACUACGUAGCCAACGAUGAGAUUUGGAAAAGUCAUGUUCAUAUGGAGUGGUCAGCAUCGAGGAAAUGGCCUCAGAAUUGUUUCAUGACCCAAACUUAUAGAGAGCUGGCAGAAGAUGGUGAAACAGAGGAAGAAAAACCGUCAAAACCCAAAGUAGAACUUCCAGAACAGCUGCGGUUACCUCCGAUCACACCAAUUGAAAAAUACAUAAAAGUUGGAAAAUCACCGCCAUAUCCAGGAACUACAACAAGAAUGAUUGGCUGGCGAUCGACAAAACGAGACUGCAGUCUUGAAAUAUACGGUCCGUAUGCCAAAGGCAAGGGCGGUCUUGUGAAACAGCUCAACUGGCCACAAGAAGGAAUUAUAUAAAUAUUUUUUAUUAUUUUAAUUAGUGUGAUAAAUUUUUAGUUGAAUAUUUUUUUUUGACUUAGCCUGCACGGUACAACACUUUUAGUGCAAUUUACACAAUAUCUUCUUUCAAAUUCCAGCAGAAUUAUGUAUUGGGUGUCUUCUCACUUCACUAACCUAAUUCAUAUGUCACACUUUUCAACUGUAUCAAUGAAACUAAUACUCGUUAGCUAUUAUAAUUUAGUUGUCUGCAACUCGUACAAAUUAUGUCCUCAAGUUUCACAGCCUAUACACAAGUUUUCUUAGUAUUAUGCACUUGCCAUAUUUUCAAUGAGAUUAUGUAGUUAAUAUCUGAAGCACUGCUUCCAAUGUAAUGCCAUUUUGUAUUAAUCGUAGCACAUAUAUAUUUCAUUUAAUAAUGCACAGUUAUCUAAUAAAGUUGGUAUGCAUGUUGAUGA